AUGCAGCAGCCUGGAAUUCCUACAGAACCCCGUCGGGACGGGCGUGCCACCCGCCACGCGGGAGUGGCCGUGCACCCCCCGACCUUCCAGAUCAGAACGUUCAGUACCGAGUUGAAAAACCACGUGAUGGUCAUGGAUUUCGUGAAGAGGAACUGGUUUCCGUCCCAGAGAAGAGCCAAAGUUUGUGUCGUCCAUAUGUACCAAGGCCUGAAGACAGCCGAGCAGACGGCCAGCCGAUACGAGAUCCACAGUCGGCUCUUCUCAGCCCCUAAAGAUCACUCUGCCUGGGGAAGAAAUGAGCGUCUUUCGCACGCAGGAUUACGGGACUACCAGUACAGCGCAAACGAUCCACUUGCCCUUAAAAACCUCCAGUCUGAUGUUACGGAGAAGAAAUCUGACUUCACCAAGGACACUCUGGCAUCACAAAACACGAAGAUGAUUUCAUCCAUAGUCAUCUCCCAGCUGAUCGAUGAGCACAAGUCUGAAGCAGACGGGGCGGCCUCGCCUGCGCCGAGCACGGUCGCCCAGCCUCACACGUGUCCCACGAGGCCACCUCUGGCUAAUCCCGGCGGAGUCUCCGUGAACAGCGCCUUCGCGUUCCUUCCUGGCAGAUUAGAAAUUCAGACGCCGGCGGAGGCGCGAGGACCUGAGACAGAGCUGCCCCCCAAGGAGAAGCCCUGCAGCGGCCCCCCAAAGGGGUUCGCGUCCAUCACCAUCACAGCCAGGCGCCUGGGCCCCCCGGCCCGCACCGUGGUAUGGGGGGCCGCAAGGGCCUCGCUCUACACCAAGUGCCAGGCCCAGGACACUCUGCUUGAGGAGCCUUCCGCUCUGGCCACUGGCGCCGGCCCUUGUCGCCACGAGGGACCUUUCACCUGCACGGAAUUAUCCAGAAACAGCUCUGUGAUGAGACUGGAGUUCCCAGAGGCCCGCGCACGGCUGUGUGAGGGCCCCGAGUGCUGGGUCACCAAGCUGGACGGCAGAGGGCACAGGUUCGCUCCAGGCGCCGCACAGCCGGGAAAGGGCCGGCUGGUGUUCAGCUCCUGUGUCCAUCUCCGAGUGUCCCAGCAGUGUCCGAACUCCAUCUACUAUCUAGACAGGUCCCUCUCCGUCCCCAUCGAGCCACCUCAACUGGCCGGCCCUAAAGUACACAGAUCUGUCCUGUCGCUCAACCUGAGUUGCAGUUCACACGGCCUGACAGCAGGUGGAGCAGCUGGCACAGCGAUGGGAGGAGGGCCUGGGAGCCGUGACCUGCAGCAGGAGCUCCCGAGGGAAAGCCAGAGCCUCCUGGGCCGGCGCCGGAAGCCGGCUGUGCGGGGACCUUUCUUGAAGCAACACCCAUCGUUGGCACAGGUGCAUCUGGGGACCGGCACGUGUCCUUGGGGUGGCUCCCCCCUGUUGGAAAAUCCAGAAUUUGUAGAUGUGGGAACUCACCAGGCCACUGUCAGGAACGGGAAGGAGGGCCACGGCGUCCAUCCGUCCAGCCUUCACGCCAGCCAGCUGUCCAUUCACAUUCCUGGCUGGAGUUACGCGGCAGUAGAAACAAAAGUAUUUUCUGGAAGCAGCGAGAAGCAGCGAGAAGCACGCAUGACCGUGUCUGCUCCCCCCAUGGAAUGGAAGCUGCUCGGAGAUUCCCUUGCCGCUGGGCUGAGCUCUCCAAGCAACGACCUUGCUGAGCCCGCAGAGCCUCGACGGCAGAGCUUUCUGGAACCCGGCAUCCCUUUACCUGGCUUCCUUUGCCCUUUACAAGAUGCGCGCGCACGUCCACAGGAGGACAGUGGUGUUCGGAUAGGAGGCGCGUCUCCCGGAGGAGAUCACACAUGCUGUGACUUGGUUGUAAAAAUAAAGGAAUGCGAGCAGAGUGAGGACUCGGCCAUGCCUGAGCCCGAGCCGGUGCUGCCCGAGCCAGCCCCUGAGGAUCCGGAGACCCCCGCCCCGCCGGAAGCCUGUUCCGAGGGCCGGCAAGCACCUGCGAGCUCCUUGACCUUGCAGGAAGCGCUGGAAGUCCGCAACCCUCGCUUCAUUUCCCGCUCGCGAGAACGGCUGAAGAAGCUGGAGCACAUGGCACAGCAGAGGCGGGCCCAGCGGAAGGAGAACCUGGCGCAGAAGCAGGCCCUGCUUCCGGUCCGUGCCAACAAGAAGCAGUUCACCGUCCCCCACCCUCUCAGUGAUAACUUGUUCAAGCCCAAGGAAAGGUACAUUUCGGAGAAGGAGAUGCACCUGAGAUCCAGGAGGAUCUAUAACAACUUGCCGGAAGUUAAAAAGAAAAAGGAGGAACAAAAGAAGAGGGUGAUCUUGCAGAGCAACAGGCUCCGCGCCGAAGUCUUCAAAAAGCAACUGCUGGACCAGCUCCUUCAGAGGAAUGCAGUCUAGCCGCAGGCUACCCCGCCGGCCUACCCCAGACCCGCGAUGACUUGAUGACUUCGAGCACUGGAUAAACCAUUAAACUUAGCUUAUCGUCAUGACGUCA